CGUCGGACACAAAUAGGUGUCGGACCACCAUGCCCAGCGAGCAUUGGUUGAACUGUAAAGCUCGUAUAAUAAAUGUUUUAGGCUCUCUCGCUGUCGCAGAGGUGUCGUUCAUCAUUAUUUUAAAGGCUGAAAUGCUGAAUUCGUAGCAGGAGUUGUUUACUUCCUGAGAAGAUGUUUGCACGACCGUUUCGUGUCAAAUCUAACACCGCAAUCAAAGGAUCAGACAGGAGGAAGCUCAAAGCGGAGAUAUCUGCAGCCUUCCCCUCGCUGUCUGCUGUCCAGCUGUCUGAGCUGAUCCCCAACAAAGAGGAGUUAAAUGUAGUGAAGAUUUAUGUCCACAAAGGAGAUUCUGUGACACUUUACGUUCUUCACAAAAAUCCUCUCUUCUUUGAAGUGGAGAAACGGCUUUAUCCUACAGUCUAUGUGCUUUGGCGCUACCCUGCUCUCCUGCCAACAUUCAGGACAUGGCCUCCAGUGCUUCAGAAGUUGAUUGGAGGGGCAGAUCUCAUGCUGCCAGGUGUGGUGGUGCCUUCAGGUGGUCUCCCUGAUGUGAAAUGGGGCGACUACUGUUCUGUUACGUUGGUGAACAACAGAGCUCCCGUUGCAAUUGGCACCGCUGCUGUGUCCACCAAAGAGAUGCACAGUUUGGGCAUGAAAGGGAGAGGAGUGUGUGUUCUCCACGCGUACAUGGAUAAUCUCUGGGCUUUUGGAGACAAGUCAGGUCCUCCUUCGUUACCGGAUGCAGAGGGUGAAGGACAAGAGGUGAAUGGAGAGGAAUAUGAGUCCGAUGAGGUAGAAGAGGAGGAGGUUGAGAAGUGUGUGGAGGAGAAGGAGAAGGAGGAGGAGGAGGAGGAGGAGAACACUCAAGGUGAAAAGGUCACAGAUCAGGCCUGUUCUGGUGUUGAAGAGCUGAGACUGGCUGAGCAGGAGGAAGAGAGGGUCAACGAGGAAGAGGAGGCGAACCCAGACGACCAGAAAAUGCCACAAGAGACAAUGGACGCCCUGCUGUUGCAGUGUUUCCUCCAUGCACUCAAGAGCAAGGUGAAGAAAUCCGAGCUCCCCCUGCUGACCAGCACGUUUCUCCGGAUCCACAUGUUCUCCUGCUGCCCAAGUGGAAAACAACUAGAUAUCAAGAAAUCCAGCUAUAAAAAGCUGUCCAAGUUUCUACAGGCCAUGCAGAAGCAGCACCACCUUGUGCGAGUGAAAGAACUAACCAAGGGUGUGGAGAGCAUUGUGGAGGUGGACUGGAAAAAUCAAGCGCUGCGUUACUUCAAAGUUCCCGAGGAGACGGACGGUGAAGCGGCCUCGCUGAAAGAGGGAGGGGAAGGAGAACUUCCGUACCAUCCUCCCGAGAUCACCACUCUGUACUCUGUGUCAGCGAGACUGGAGCCUCUCUUCCUGGAUGCAAAGAAGAGGAAAGGAACAAUCCUGCAGCCUGCUGAAGUGAGAGAUAUUGUCACAGAGUACGUGAAGGAUAAUGAACUGGUGGAUGAAAAUAAUAAGAAUUACGUGACCAUAAACCCGACGCUGUGUGACUGCUUGCUGGAGAAAUCGGAGUACCAGGAGGUCGAGUCUCUUAAGUGGGAUGACCUCUUUAGCAGGGCGCUGGCAAGAAUGCAGGAGUGCUAUGAAGUCGUGUUCCCCGGACAUGCACCCGUCAGAAAGAAGGGCCACAUAGAGCCCAUAGAAAUAUCUGUGGCGUCUCGAGGCUCCAACAAGAAGGUGACUCUGAUAAAGAACCUGGAUGUGUACGGUUUGGAUCCUGCAGUUGUGGCCACAGCUCUGCAGCGCCGAGUCCAGGCCAGCUCCGUCUUACAGCCCAUCCCUGGGUCCAAGGACAAAGUCCUGGUCCAGAUCCAAGGCAAUCAGAUUCACCAAGUCGGCAAUUUGCUGCUAGAUCAUUAUCAAAUUCCUCGCAAGUACAUCCAAGGACUAGAGAAAGCGCCAAAAGCUGGAAAGAAGAAGUAACAUUUCAACACAUUACACCAACAAUUUACUGUCUUUAAAGCUGCUUUACUAAAACACAACAACAAGGAACUGUCCACCACUCAUGUAAUAAAGAGGAUUUACCGUCUUCUUCUGGAGGUUGAUGAAUGACGCAGCUUUGUUGUGUUUUGUUGAUCUGAUUUGGCUCCCAGAGAUAUUAGAUUAAGGGAACGGAUAUGAUCAUCUACAAUCAGACCUGCAUUGUUUCCCUGCAAAGUGAUUAUAUUCUCAUGACGAAGAGAACUUUUGGAAAGAACAGAUUUAGACGUUUAAAACCAAGCAUUCAGUGAAACUGAUCAAAUGUGUAUCCAGUUUAAAGAUGUGUCCAACAAAAAAAACAAUGUUUCUCAAAUGAUUCAACUUAAUUUCUCCAAUGUCAGGUUGAUGUUUUCAAAACAUUAACCACAUUUCAUUUGUUUAAAAUGGAAAUAAUACAUUUUUAACAACCCAAAUCUUCAAAAUGUGUUGUCUGUUGAUGUGACUGUGUUCAGCUUUUAUGUUUAGUUGAAUGGGAAUGAAAUGGU